CUGAGCUGGGCAUCGAGUUUCCUGGGUGCCGGCUCCACCCCGGCCGGGGGGGAGGGGAAGGGAAAGGGCUCAGGCCUCCCUGAGGAGACGCCCCCAGUCCUGGGCCCUUCCUAGAGCUGGACUCCCUUCCCACUCCCAGCAGCAGAUGCUUGGACCUUGGCCCCUGCUGGGAGCAGCCGCUGGCCAGGCCUGACUCAGCAGCUCCAGGCCUUCUUGGUUAAUGAUCGGCAGACGGCCAAGCAGGUAGAGAACCUGCUGCUGUCAGGUGAGGGGCUGAUGUGGAAGAGGGAACCCUGGAGAGCAGCCACCCAUGAGGAGGGCAUCUUCCGGCACCUCUGUCAUCGGCAUCGAGGCCGGCUGAUUGCCUACAGCCUGGUAUUUGAGGACCCUACCUCGAUCCAGGAUCCUGACUCAGACACUGACUCAGAUGGUCCUGGGACUGGCCCUGGGGGUCUGGGCCUCCCGAGGGUUGGGAUUGGGGGUGAGAGGGGUCCCCCACUGGAAGCUGAGCUGGAAUGGGACCCCACUGGGGAUGUGGGGCGGCUGGGUGCCCUCAGGAGCAAGACGGUCUGGACACCGGGGUCCCCCUGUGAAGUAUGUGGACGUGCUGAGCCCCUGGCGGUCUGGUCCCUCCGGCCCCGAGGUCCCCCCAGGUCUUUCCGAGCUCAGGACAGGAAGCAGCCGAGCCCCCCGGAUGUGACUGUGCAGAUCCCUCUGGGUUCUGGGAGUCCUGAGCAGGGGGGAGGAUCGACAGGUGCUGCUCAGCCCCGCUGGCCCCGGUGCUCCCUCCUCUUUCUGCUCCUUCUGCUCCUCUUUGGGGUUGCAUGUCUCUUUCCUCCCCCCAGGGGGCCUCUUUGCCCCCCUCGGAGGCUCUCUGGGCCCCUGCACCUGGUCCUCAGCUAUGUAAAUGGUCCACCCCCAACCUGAGCCCCUCUGCAUCCCUGGAAUAAAUGAUAAAAACCCAA